AUGAAAACGACUUCGUAUUUGACAGAAGAGAUGAAUGCUGACGAAAAAGAAUUAAACCGUGAGAUUAUGUCAAAACUUACAGCAACAUUGAAGAAACGAGAGAUUCAAAUUUCGAAAUCAAUGGAUGAAAAAUUUGAAUCAAGCAAGAUGGCCAUGAUUGAAAUUCUCUCGGUCUAUCUUGAGAAAGACGAUAAUUUCACCAAUAAAAUCGCAUCCGAUUAUAAGGAUAAAAUGGAUGAAUAUGCCGAAGAAAGAAGUAAUUGCUUGAGAAAACUUUUAUUCGGAUUUGAAAAAUAUCAAUUGACGGCUUCUACCCUGCUAGAAUCUUUAGAAAAGACUCAGUCUAAUAAUUUGCGCGUGAGAGGAGAUCUCGAGAAGGAUCUCGAACGGAUGCGUUCCAUCCAUCAACGUGAAAUGAAUCAAUUACGUGAAAAUAUAGAAAAAUUGACGGAAUCUUUUCACAAAACAGCAAAUUCAAAGUAA